UCUCAACGGUUACUUCUUUCUCCUUCUCUUUCCAACGCUUCUACUGACUUCACAUUGAUUGACAUCGCAAUUCUAGAGAGAGAAAACAGCAAGCGCCAUGGAUUUCAGCUCGUUCCUGACGUCGCUGGGGACGUCCUUCGUCAUUUUCCUGGUGCUGAUGUUCCUCUUCACGUGGCUCUCCAGGCGCCCCUCCAACCACGUUAUCUACUAUCCGAAUCGGAUCAUGAGAGGGAUGGACCCGUACGAAGGAAUCCGCCUCACUCGUAACCCGUUUACUUGGAUCAAGGAAGCCGUCUCCUCCACCGAAGCUGACGUCAUCAGACAUUCCGGCGUUGAUGCCGCCGUCUACUUCGUCUUCCUCUCCACCGCAUUGGGGAUACUGGUUUUCUCGGGGAUUCUUCUUCUUCCUGUGCUUCUUCCUAUUGCCUAUACUGCUAAAAACAAAAUAGACGCUAAUGAAACCACAAGUGAAGGAACUUUCAAUGAACUAGACAAGCUAUCCAUGGGGCAUAUUGCACAAAAAAGCGACCGGUUAUGGGCAUUUGUGGCAGCUACGUAUUGGGUUUCUUUCGUUACGUAUUAUCUCCUGUGGCGAUCGUACAGACAUGUUUCAAAUAUGAGAGCUGAAGCCCUUAUGUCGCCUGAAGUGAGAAAUGAGCAGUUUGCUGCCCUUGUUCGAGACAUACCUGCUCCCGAGAAAGGUCAAAGCAUUAACGAACAGGUGGACUCGUAUUUUAAGGCAAUCUAUCCAGAUACAUAUUACAAGGCAAUGGUGAUCACAAACAAUAAAGUGGUCAACAAGAUUUAUGCAGAGUUGGAAGGAUACAGAAAGAAGCUUGCGCGUGCAGAAGUCAUCUAUGCCGAGUCUAAAGGGACUGCUAACCCUGAAGGAACGAGGCCGACUACUAGAGCUGGUUUUAUGGAGCUUAUAGGUAAAAAGGUUGAUGCACUAGAGUACUAUGAUAAAAAGAUCAGAGAGCUGGUUCCAAAGUUAGAAUCCGAGCAAAAGAUCGCCCUGAAAGACAAACAACAAUCUGCAGCUGUGGUUUUCUUCAAUAACAGGGUAAUUGCAGCAGCCGCUGGACAAUGUCUGCAUGAUACAAUGUUGGAUAAAUGGACAGUCAUGGAUGCUCCCGAGGCCCGCCAGUUGCUAUGGACCAAUCUUUCCAAGAAUUUCUAUGAGAGACUGAUUCGGCAAUAUGUUGUAUAUUUCGUAGUGUUCCUCACUAUCUUCUUUUACAUGAUACCUAUUGGGUUGAUUUCAGCGCUGACUACUUUAGCUAACCUGGAGAAGUUGGUCCCCUUCUUGAAACCAGUGCUGGAACAGACUACGAUCAGAACAAUCCUCGGGGCUUACUUGCCUCAGAUUGCGCUUAUAAUAUUCUUGGCACUGCUGCCAAGUUUCUUGUUGUUCCUAUCCAAGGCCGAGGGCAUACCUUCACAGAGUCAUGCGGAAAGGGCCGCCUCCGGGAAGUACUACUAUUUCUCGGUGCUGAACAUAUUCAUUGGUGUCACAGUAGGUCACACACUUUUCGAUUCGUUCAAAGCUAUUGAGGAUAAUCCAAACAGUGUAUUUGAUGUACUAGCAGCAAGUCUUCCAGGAAGUGCUACAUUCUUCUUGACUUUUGUGGCUUUGAAGUUCUUUGUCGGAUAUGGGCUUGAGUUGUCACGAAUAGUUCCUUUAAUAAUUUUUCAUUUAAAGAAGAAGUAUCUCUGCAAGACUGAAGAUGAAUUGAAAGAAGCUUGGGCUCCGGGAGAUCUUAACUAUGGGACUAGAUUUCCAGAUGAUAUGCUCGUUCUGACAAUCGUUCUCUGCUAUUCUGUCAUAGCCCCGGUAAUCCUUCUAUUCGGAGUGUUGUACUUUGGUUUGGGAUGGCUUGUUCUCCGGAAUCAGGUGCUCAAAGUUUACGUGCCUUCAUACCAGACCUAUGGCCGGAUGUGGCCCCACAUGUACAACCGCGUUGCAGUAUCGUUGCUCUUGUAUCAAGCCACGAUGGUGGGUUACUUUGGUGCAAAGGAGUUCAUCUACACUCCGGUUCUGAUCCCACUUCCUAUUUUGAGCCUUCUCUUCAUAUACUUCUGCACGAUUAAGUACUACCGCUUCUUCCAGUCGACAGCGCUGGACGUUGCCUGCCGGGAACUGAAGGAGACUCCCAAUAUGGAAGGCGUGUUCAGGUCAUACGUUGCAUGUAGCUUGAGUACGGAAAAGACGGCCGAAGUGAUUCAGUUUGUAGAUGAUUUGGCUCACGUUACCAGACCAGGUUCUGCGGUUUGAUGUAAGUUACAUUGUUUUAGGUUUAGUAUCAUGCUCUCAGAAUUGUCUUAAUUUAUUGGGUAACAGCAUUUUGUUUAUAUCUAGUGGUAGGAAAUUUGUAUGCCAGAAUAUGGUGUGUAUUUGUGAAAUUUAGGGGCUUCUUGGUAUGAUGGAAUGGUAUGAGGAGGGGAUGGAAAGAAGGUGAGAAUGGAAUGACAAUUCCAUUCCAUUCUUGUGCUUGGUAAGCACGAAUGGAAUUGUUAUUCCUUGAUUGAUUCUAUUCCUAUGUUUGAUAACUACAAAUUAAUAUAGAAAUGGAAUGGAAUGAAAUAUGAAUAAUUAA